AUGGCAGGACAGGCAUUUAAAAAAUUUCUUCCUCUUUUUGACCGAGUAUUGGUUGAAAGAUGUGCAGCUGAAACAGUAAGUAAGGGAGGCAUCAUGAUUCCAGAAAAAUCUCAAGGAAAAGUGCUUCAAGCCACUGUUGUAGCAGUUGGAUCAGGCUCCAAAAACAAGGAUGGAAACACUCAAGCAGUUAGUGUAAAAGUUGGUGAAAAGGUUCUACUGCCUGAGUACGGUGGUACAAAAGUUGUACUUGAUGAUAAGGACUAUUUCAUAUUUAGAGAUGGUGACAUUCUUGGAAAAUACGUUAACUGA